AUGCCCCCGUCCGCACUGCAACCAUCCAAAACUUUGAUAUUCAACCAAAGCCACCGCAAUCGCCCUCCAUACAAGAUGUCCACCGAAGGCCGCGAGUGGCGCGAGUGGCUCCUCUCGCGAAAUCAAGAAAUGAUGGACCCCAACAGCCUCGAGAACCAGAUUGCGGCUGAGCGCAUGCAGAGCUGGGAGCAGGCCCACGGCAUGUCGCGUCGACUUGAUGCGCAGGGAAUUGAAGAAGAGGGAACUGAAGAAGCUGAGACCGGGACUGGGCGUGUCGGUGUUGCAGGCAAUGAGGAUUUGGAUGAAGAGGAUCAAGGCGCCAGUGGGGAUUUCAGUGAUACCUUGUAG